AUGGCAGAAACAGCAGGAAAAAGUAACAAAUCUUUCGUUCUCGAGAAGCCUUUCUCUGUGAAAUUCGAAGAACGACCAGUUCCAAAGCUUGAAUCUGAACACGAUGUUCUUAUUGCCAUAAACUAUACCGGUAUCUGUGGAUCAGAUGUUCAUUACUGGGUUGAGGGAGCUAUUGGUUCAUAUGUUGUGAAGGAUCCCAUGGUAUUAGGACACGAAUCAUCAGGUACCAUAGUAACUGUAGGAUCGUUGGUCAAAACUCUCAAAGUUGGCGAUCGUAUUGCUCUCGAGCCUGGUUAUCCAUGUCGUCGCUGUCCUUCCUGUCUUUCCGGUCACUACAACCUCUGUCCGGAAAUGCACUUCGCAGCUACUCCCCCGAUCGACGGAACUCUCACUGGAUUUUAUUCGUCUCCAGCAGACUUCUGUUACAAACUCCCCGACCAUGUCUCACUUCAAGAAGGGGCUUUAAUUGAGCCCCUUGCCGUAGCAGUCCAUAUCUGCAAACAAGCAGUAAUCACUCCAGGACAAACUGUUGUUGUGAUGGGGGCAGGUCCUGUCGGUUUGUUAUGUAUGGCAGUAGCUCGUGCAUAUGGAGCAUCGAUUAUUGUCGCAGUUGAUAUCCAGCCUAACCGUCUCGAAUUCGCGAAAACCUUUGCCGCUACCCACACCUUCACCCCUCGACGCGUCUCCGCCGCAGAGAAUGCUUCCAACCUGAAAUCAGAAGUCGGACUUGUAGAGGGCGCGGAUAUCGUGAUUGAUGCAUCGGGAGCGGAACCCUCCAUCCAAGCUUCUAUAAAUGUCGUACGUCGUGGAGGAACAUAUGUCCAAGGUGGAAUGGGCAAGCCAGAUAUUAAUUUCCCAAUCAUGGAGUUGUGCACCAAGGAAAUUACAGCCAAAGGAAGCUUCAGAUAUGGAAGUGGAGAUUAUGCUUUGGCGGUACAAUUGGUGAGUACUGGAAUGGUGGACGUGAAGAAGUUGAUUACUGGAGAAGUCCAGUUUGAGGAUGCUGAGGAGGCUUUCAAGAGUGUGAAAGCAGGAAAAGGUAUCAAGGUUCUGAUUAAGGGUCCAAAUGAGAAAUAA